GGCCCGACAGUUACCUACGUGGAGGAGUGGAAGCUGGAUCCACUGCCAUAGCGAACGCAGCAGCAGCAAAGCAUGGCUGCAGUACCUAUUCGAAGCGAUGCACCAUUGCGGCGGUUGAGGUCCUAGGGAUUGCCAGGUGUUCCUAGGCUGUGGCCAUCACAUCAGAGGUAUCACUUCCACUUGGAAACGAGGAGUAUCGUAUGCGCUCGGUCACUGGGAUGUUGGCACUGUUUCGGGUGCCAGACUGCCUGGUCUUCUACGUGGCCUUUAGUUAUGGGGCGGGAUAGUACCAGGCUCCAUUGUUCCAGCAUCCGCGGCAGGGAAAAAAAGAAAAAAGAAAAUCCGAUACAGUGCACAAGCAUCUUAUGACGUCCGCAAUUGCAGUAACUGACUACUGAUUCCAGGAAUGACCGGGAGCUCCGGGUGAUGAUCUGUGACCCUCGGAUUCGCUUCUUGAUUGCGCAUGCAACUGAUUGAACAGAUUUUUUUGCGUUUUGUGGGUGCACGUAUACCCAUUCAAAGAUCUAUGAUACCUGGUCUUUCACCAUUCAGUCGGAAUCAAUGAGGGGAGAAAUAGUCUUAAGUAGGGUUAGGAUCAAACCGAAACCGGGAGUUGGGGAAAGUAGUACAGUGACCUUCAAAUAUGCCCGUUCAAAUUGGUGCCUUAAUUCUCCAGCCCAACGAGGUCAUUGGGGGUCAUUCGGAAUCCCACAUAAGUCGUCGCUCCCUCACCUGGGGCUUUGGGCAUCUCCUGCGUUGCCCGGAGCCCGGAAGUGGGCAAAAGGGGUCUCGAAGCCCCGACCCCCGCAGAUAGGAGGAGAGUGGAGAUACUGCAGCAAUUGCGAGGGGCGUAUAGUGUUGAGGGCGCAGAUCUCGGAACGCCCAAGGUGAACUCCGGGGGCACUCGGCUCGCGGUACUAGGAGUACCGGUAGGUUAGGCUCCCAGUGUUUAGGAACCCGGGGAAAUAUUGUCAAAACUUGUGAAAAACCAGCUUAAGGAGAGAUCAUCCAUUCUCCUGGUGCCCGGUAGUCUAGUAGGUAUGAAGGAUGGAGAGAAUCCCUUGCCUCCUUCCUUCCUCGAAUCUCACAUUAUUUUUACCCCGCAUUGGCGACAGCGCUUAACUGUGGGAGGAAAAGAAAAAGAAAAAGAGGUGGUGCAAGCAUAUUAGCAAUUUUGUGACCUCACAAAUAAGAAAUAUUUGGAUCGCACCUUUCUCUCUCUUCGGAGGUUCCUUUCCACCCAAUUUAGUUAGCUAACAGCUGUAAUACUGUACCUGUACUAGUACUUGUAGAAAUAUUUGAGGAAGGGGGGGGGGGAUAUUGUAAUUCUUUCGAAUUUUGUCGGUUCUCUCCCCUGAUAGCUCCGAGCGCACAGACCUUUAAUUCAGUGAUAAUAGAUUUUGCAUCACCAAU